AUGUUAUUGCAGCUUGAUUUUCGUGUAAGUGUGAACGCAUCGAUUAAUACCUUGAUGCGUGAAGGCACGCAAUGCCAAAGUAUUAGCCGGCGCAGUGCGACGCGCUUCAAAGUUCGUAUACGCCGCGAGCUGGGUUUGUCAUGUGUUCAAGUGCGGGACAGUCUUGUUUUCAAUCGAACUUCACGGCACCGCCAAUCAUGA